CCAUGCAGGCGCAGCAGAGAGAGCCAGUACCUAUCUGCAUCAUACUACACGUCGUGGCAUAGUGAUAUGGUCCGCAAUUGUCAGCGUCUACACUACAAUAUACGGAUGCACAUAGCAGCAUUGGAGAAAGGAUGAGUUAAACUGAUACAUGUCUGAAAAAGGAUCGGGGGGAGGAAGGAGGGUCGCCGAAGUCAGCGGGCACUAGGCAGGGACUGUUGCAUCAUGUCGAAUCGGGGCUGCAAGAGGGGCACACAGUCCAUGGGAAAAGGAAGUGGACUCGAGAAACACAGGCAACGGGCCUAUCAAUGCCGAGCAAUAUCUGGGGGAGAGGCGAUGACUCGGGUCCAGCAUGGUGAAAGGAUGGAUGGGAUGGACCGAAGUUGGUGGUGGCAUGGGAACACUGUGCAUGAUGCGAAGCGAAAUGAUAUGAAGGUAGGAACGGGCCUCCUUGUGUCUCUUGCCUGGCCUUAUCGAACCUCCCAGGUCCGGUCGAGGAAGGAAGGAAAGGAACCCCACCCUUCUCCAAUGGAAGAAAGAGCGGACGUGCUGACCGCAUGGAUGCAGUCAGAGGAACCCGCCGCAAUUCCCAGGGAUGGCAUCCCUUGCCAUUCCGGAUGCAACCCUCUGCACCUUCCAAUUGCCUCGUCUCGACUCGAUACCGUACCUUCACCGGUCAGAUUGCCCUAAGCCGAGUCCGCCAGCUGCCGUUUCCCACCUUUCUGGCACCUGGCUGCUGAGACCCGCGUUGUUGGGUACCUAGGGUAGCUUUCAGAAACCACCGAUGAAGAAGGGACGCAAUGUA